AGUUUGCGAUACAGUCUUCACUUUUCAAGAGCCUCGUUCACUUGCGUGAAACUCGCGUCCGUUAAAUUACUCAGCGGGAGCGAGGACGCGUUACAUCAUCAGCUCACCUUUAACGCAGGUGACACAGGACACCCGGAAGAACACUAUCGACUAUCACGCGAGUCGAGUUUCCAUAAAGCCCAGAAGAGCUGAACAGAUCACAGUCAUGUCAGAUCUGAGGAAGAACAAGUUGUUCAUUGUGCUGAUGGAUGUUGUGUGUGUGCUCGUCGUGGCGAUGCCAUUCAUCAUAAUGACCAUCAUGUUCCGGCCGUACCAGCGUGGCAUUUACUGCGAUGACGAGACCAUACGUUACCCCUACAGACCAGACACCAUCUCUCACAAAAUGAUGGCGGCCGUUACCAUUUCCUGCUCCAUCAUUAUCAUCACUUCCGGAGAGGCUUACCUGGUCUACACUAAACGUCUUUACUCCAAUUCAGACUUUAACCAGUACGCUGCGGCACUCUACAAAGUGGUGGGGACGUUUCUGUUCGGUGCGUGUGUGAGCCAGUCUCUGACCGAUAUGGCCAAGUACACCAUCGGACGCUUGCGGCCCAACUUCAUGGCGGUUUGCAACCCAGAAGUGUGUGAGGGUUACAUGCUGGAGAUAAACUGCACGGGAAACCCUCACAACGUGACAGAAUCCAGGCUGUCGUUCUACUCCGGUCACUCCUCCUUCGGGAUGUACUGCAUGUUGUUUCUGGCGCUGUAUGUCCAGGCACGUAUGGCAUCCAAGUGGGCCCGCCUCCUCCGACCUACAAUUCAGUUCUUCCUGGUGGCCUUUGCCAUUUAUGUAGGAUACACACGUGUGUCUGACUACAAACACCACUGGAGCGACGUGGUCGUGGGUCUUCUGCAAGGGGCGCUGAUUGCAGUUCUCACGGUGCGAUAUGUCUCGGACUUCUUCAAAGAGCGCCCCCCUCGCUGCCAGGAUGUUGAAAAUGCUGAAAACGAAGAUAGCGAACGCAAACCCAGCCUUCAGAUUGCAGACACAGACAGAAACAACCUUUACCCGUACAGCAGGCCUGCAUGAGCCUGACCUUUGACCUGUGAGGGCAGUCACACAGAACCACUGGAUGCUGCACCACGUCUUGUACAGACAGCCACACACAUGCUGCUGCACACACACUGUACACUGGCACUGACCACGCUCUCUUCCACAGGAUAACACUCACAUUUCAUACCGCUCUGUGUGAGAGAGAGCAAGUGAAUGCAUGAACUAACACUGAAUAUUAGAUUUUAUACCGCAUUUUGUUUUAUGCACGCUCAUAUACGCCAAGAGCACAGAUCGCCUGACGGCUAAUGAACCCUGAGGGACUUUAUUGUAUCAGAGCACAAAGACGAACUUUUUCAAGGGGAACUGGUCAUUUCCACGACAACCUCAAAACCACCGGUUGACAUUUACAGACUAGCUGUACUUCUGCUGUUGGAAGCGAUUCUUUCGGCAUGGGAAAGAAAGUGAACUUUUCUAAGUCAUCAGAAGACAAGUAUUCAUAGUGCCCUGAGUGAAAAAACCAGGAAGAGAAGUAUGAACAUGGAACAGAUGCCAAAAAAGGUCUUUCUCACAUUGGUAAUUAGAUGUUUAUAUAUGUUUAUAUAUAUAUAUAUAUAUAUAUAUAUAUAUAUAUAUAUAUAUAUAUAUAUAUAUAUAUAUAUAUAAACAUACAACUGGAUUAUAGUGACUUUAUUUUUUUAUAUAUAAAGAAAUGUUAUUUUCCUGUGGCGGUAGGUUUAUGGACUUUAUAGCCUUUUAUAUCCUUCACAACAGUUUGUUAUAUCCACACACAUCUGCAAGAAAUCCUGCAUAGCAUGAAUAAUCUUUAUAUAAUAUUAAUUAUUUUAGUGUUUUAUUUACUAAAGUCUUUAUCUAUGACAACUCCGCAAACUCGAUGUCGAUCUAGUUGUCGCGUCGCUCGCUCUCAUAACGAUGCUGUUUAAUUAGUACCACUAGCUAACCUAUGCACAUGUAUAUCUGUAUAUUUUUUUGGAAAUGUAUCUUACUAACCAACCUAUUAACUAUAUCACCGCAUCCCAACCAUCAACCAAGUGUAAAGUUAGAUUUUCUCCUCAGUCAGUGAACUACGUGAGACGCUGCUCGUAGUGUUAAAAUCACAGCCAAUCAUAAAGCUGUACGCAGAUUCUUAACCAAUGAGGUUUCACUAAGGGGCGGGGCUACCCAACAUGACAUGUUUUUUAAGAACAAAACAAACUGACUCCAGUAGAUUGAAAUGGAAUUGCGCCAUUUUGUGCCUUUAUCAUCAUGUUUCCUUAGCGUCAUGAUCGUUCAGGUUUAUGUGCCUGUUUCCACUGAAAACCUGUCAAAUUUGCAUUACCGUAAGCUAAAAAAAAAACCAGCAACGUCACAUAUUCCUUCUCUCUUCCAGUGCGUUUCGUAUUAUUAAUCACUUAAUUAUAGUAAUAUUAGCCCAAAAACGUGUAGAUGCAUACUUCUGAAGUCAACCGGAAAUGUACCCUCUCGAGGCGUCUGGCAUGUUAAAUAAUUUUUUGUUUUAAAUUUUAUCUGAACUGUUAUUUAUGGAGGAAAAACAAUCAUUCCUAUUUUUAUUUAAUUUUUUUUUUUCCAUCCCCUCUCAUCUUUUUUUUUUUUUUUUUUUUUUAAUAUGAAGGCAUUCUUUUUAUUUUAAAGUUGUUGACAAUCAAUCAUAUAAACCCUGCACAACAGAACCUGCUGUCUACUGUGAGCUUCUAAUGCUGCAAUUUUUUAUGGACACUAUAUUUAGUGAAUAUGAAUGAUGUCUCCCUCUUUUUUUUCCUUCUAUGUGAAACAGAGACUCUCUGUGAUUCUGGUUUAGUCACCGAAAACCAGACGGCCUUAAAAUAAAUGAGGACUGAGCUCACAUAGUGACUUACACACUGAAUGUGAAGAAGAUUGUGGCGCAUGUUUACACUUUUGCCAAUAGGCCAAUUUGUAAAAUGCAACUAUUGUUUAGUUGAAUGUCCCAGAGCAAUGUUGAGUAUUUUUGCAGGAUUGUUGAAAGUUUGUGCAUAUAUACUACUGUCCAAAUGUUUGGGGUCAUGAGAUUUUUUUUUGUUUGUUUUUGAGAUUUUUUUUAAAAUAAAAAAAUACAGUAAAAACAGUAAUAUUGUGAAAUAUUAUUACAAUGUAAAAUAGCGCUUGUCUAUUUGAACAUAUUUUAAAAUGCAAUUUAUUCCUGUGAUGCAAAGCUGAAUUUUCAGCAUCAUUACUCCAAUCUUCAGUGCUAAUGAUCCUUCAGAAAUCAUUCUAAUAUGCUGAUUUGCUGCUCAAGAUCAACAUUUAUAAUUAUUAUCAAUGUUGAAAACAGUCGUGCUGCUUCAUAUUUUUGUGGAAACUGUGAUUUAUAUUUUUUAAGGAUUUUUUGAUGAAAAGAAGAGCAUUUAUUUGAAAUAAAAAAAACCUUUUGUAACAUCAUAAAAGUAUUUACUGCCACUUUUGGUCAGUUUAAUGCAUUCUCACUGAAUAUUAAGCAAAUUUCUUUAAAAAAUGUACUGACCCCAAACUUUUGAACAGUAGUGUGUUACAGCUUAAGAAUAAUACGUUGUUUUCAAAAUUGGUUGGAUGUGUAUUACCUAAGAGAGCAUUAUGCCAACUGAUGUUCAUGAAGACGUUUCAGUAUCAAAACCAAGAGUUAGACAUUUUUUUUCUCCCAAUGUGAAAGUCAAACUGAUUAAAUUGAAGCUACUGAAGUUUUUAUUUUAUUUUCCUGAAAAUGAAUAAUUCUAAACCACUUGUGAUGCAUAGAGCUCCAAAAAAAUAUUUGAACCAUUUAUUAUCUCGUCCAAUUAUUUUGUAAUGAUUGGCAUCCGUGACUUUAUAAGAAGUUUUGAGUAUAGCGUAUGAAUGUUGCACAUAUAAAUUUUAUUUUCUUGGUAUGUUUUAUAUUUGUUUAUACCUACAACAUUCAAAAUAAUAAAAAAAGUUGUUCUGCA